AACAGAUUGAAGUUGUGAAACAUUCACUCACUGACCCAGGACACCUGUCAAGAGCACAGAAGAGACAAACAGAGCAAGACUAGACUAAAGGGAGGAAAGAAAGCAAGAUGAAUUUCCUUUCAUAUUUCUCCAUUGAGACCUGGGCUCUGCUGAUUGUCUUCCUAGGUCUCCUGUUACUAUAUGGGAUCUGGCCGUAUGGUACAUUUAAGAAACUGGGUAUUCCUGGGCCAAAGCCUUUGCCUUUCUUUGGAACUGCCUUGAGUUAUCGCAAUGGUUUUAUGGACUUCGACAAUGAGUGUUUUCAGAAAUAUGGGAAUACGUGGGGGAUUUAUGAUGGCCGGCAACCUGUGCUGGCCACAGUGGAUCCUACAAUCAUUAAAACUGUGCUGGUGAAGGAGUGCUACACCACGUUUACUAACCGGCGGAACUUUGGUCCAACAGGCGUGUUAGAGUCUGCUGUCUCCAUAGCUGAGGAUGAAGAAUGGAAGAGGAUUCGCACUGUGCUCUCUCCAACCUUCACCAGUGGGAAACUAAAGGAGAUGUUUCCCGUCAUGAAGCAUUAUGGGGACAUUUUGGUGAGAAACGUUCAAAAGCAAGUGGAAAAGAAUGAUGUCAUAGGUGUGAAAGAGGUGUUUGGAGCUUACAGCAUGGAUGUGGUCACUAGCACUUCAUUUGGCGUGAACACUGAUUCCAUGAACAAUCCCAAAGAUCCAUUUGUCAAGGAAGCUAAGAAGCUCGUGAAGUUUGACUUUUUUUCCCCAGUCUUUGUUUUGCUAUAUGUACUUCCAUGCCUUAAUCCUGUUAUGAAGAAACUGGGUGUGAACAUUUUCCCAAAAGAUGCUCUGGAAUUUUUUAUGCAAUCAGUCACCAAAAUUAAGGAAGCACGCAAGGAGGAGGCUCGUGCGGACCGAGUGGAUUUCCUGCAGCUGAUGAUAGACUCCCAGAGAUCUAACAACGGUCAUGUGAGCAAUGGGUUGAGUCAUUCAUCUAAAGUCUUGACUGAUAUAGAAAUUCUAGCACAAGCAAUUAUCUUUAUUUUUGCUGGAUAUGAGACCAUCAGCUCCACUCUUAGGUACCUAGUUUAUGAACUGGCAAUCCAUCCUGAUGUGCAGCAGAAACUGCAGGAGGAGGUAGAUAGAGUUUUGCUGAAUAAGGAUUCUCUUACAUACGAUGUACUGAUGCAGAUGGACUACCUUGACAUGACACUGAAUGAAACCCUCAGAUUUUUUCCUUUUGGAGGACGAAUUGAAAGGGUCUGUAAGAAAGAUGUAGAAAUAAAUGGAAUGAGCGUUCUGAAAGGAAUGGUGGUUAUGGUCCCACUAUAUGUUCUGCACCAUAAUCCCGAAUACUGGCCAGAACCUGAGGAGUUCAGACCUGAAAGGUUCAGUAAGGAGAACAAAGAGAGCAUGGAUCCUUAUUUGUACCUGCCCUUUGGAGCUGGCCCCCGGAACUGCAUUGGAAUGAGAUUUGCUCUCCUCGCCAUGAAAAUUGCUGUUGCCAGGCUGGUUCAGAAUUUCACCUUCAAGACCUGCGAAGAAACCCCGAUACCUCUGAAGCUGGAUUCAAAAGGAUUCCUCAAUCCUGUAAAACCAAUCAUUCUCAAGCUGGUUCCCAGAUCCAGUUCCACGGAGUAGGAGCUAAGCCGAGUGGUCACGAAUUGCUAUACUAAGACAUGCUUUGACACACUGCUCUGGAAAUCUGAUGCUGACAACAAAGAAUUUAAUUCAGAAGACAACAUCUUAGCACUUGCAGAAAAAAACAUGAGUAAAGCAUAUUUACAAAAAAAAAAAUCCCGCCAAGUAGCAACAUCUCAUUCAUGAGGUCAAACAGAGUUUCCUGUUCUCUACAAAUACAGUUUUCUGAUGCUCACCUUGCUGGGGUCAUCUGAGCCCAGCGGUCUUUCCUGCCCAAGUGCAGCGGGGCUGGACCUGACGAUCUCAAGGGGUCCCUUCCAGCCCCUAACAUUUAUGAAUCUCCAAAUUGUUAUUAAAUGUAAUCAUAUCUGAAUAGGAUGAUCAGAGAUUGUAUGAGGGUACAGAGCCUUUUCCAAAGGGGAGCAUUUCAAAAGGGGAGCAGAUGUUACGUUCUACUUGUUAUGUGUGGACCAGCAGCGAAUGAUGCAAAUAUACUUCAACAGCAACUCUGCUUCCUCAAGCCUUAAUAAACUUGAAGUGCUUUUGCUUCAGUUGGAUCGUUCCCAGUUUAUCAACACAUGACAAUUAAAACAUGACAGUCACUGCCAUUUUCAAAUGGGUCCAUACGCAUGUAUGGCCAUACCCUGAGUUGAACAGGGGCAAAAUUGCUUUCAGAAUGGGGUAAGAACACAAUUUAGCAGCAUGUGAGGACAUAACCAAAUCACAUCUAGUAUCGUGUUAGCUGACAACGAUCAUUCUGAGCAAUGGUCACCCCCUGUUAAACUAAAAUGAUUGUUGGCCCCGUGAACUCGAGCAUAAUUAAAUUUCAGGGUUGAUUAGAUCUCUAACUCUUCUAGUGGUAUUCCUUUGCAAAAAAAGAAGAAAAUUACUGCCUUAUUCCAAGAGACUUCUUUGAUACUGAGAGAUCCAAAAUAGAGUAGAAACAGAGGUCAUGGAAAACAAAUGAAUAGGAGAGGCUAGGAGAGAUUUUUUUUUAGAUGGGUUGAUAUUUUAAUAAUAGGACAUAUGAUUUCAGGUCGGAUACAAAAUCUUCAACUGAAGUGGCUACCAUGAAGCUAUAUGCCAGUAACCCCAUUUCUCCUGUGUUGUGAAUGCAUCUCAUGAUUAGUAUGUAAUAUAUAUCAAUGACAGUAAUCAAUAAAAAUAUGUUAGUCCAA